AAGUCUUAGAAUGAAGUGCUUUUGAAGGAUGAAAAUCAUUACAAAUGUGAAUUGUAAGCAAUAUAAGGGCAGAGGUGAUGUAUAUUAUUCUUUAUUUUAUUGGCCAUGAUAGCUAAGGAGUAGCUUCUGACAUGCCAUAUUUCAAUGAUUAUUUUAUGAUCUACUUUGAAGCAGACUAUUUUUAAAACUGAAGUAUAAUAGAAUUAUUGUGCUUUGUUAAAAAUAUCAUGUAUAUUAAAUAAAUAGGCAUUUACAAAUGAUCCAUGAAAAUAUCCAAAAAGUCGAAAUAGAUUUAAAGUGAACCAAAAAGUGGCUAAACCAAAAAGAACCUCAGGAUCUUUCUUGUACUUACAUAAUCAGUCACAUGAUGUCGCUGUACACUCAAAAGGUGAAAAGGGAAAACUUUUUCUCCACGCCCAGAUUUCAACCAUCCACAGAAUAAUCGACUCCAUACUGACAGGAAUGCUGGGUAAAUUUUACUAAAUAUAUACUUACAGAAGGGGAGACUGGUCAUAAAUGUUGGCAGGCGAGCUACCUCUUAAAACUGACAGUCUCACCUCAGAGAUCUCUUUGUCUGCAAUGGAGUUUUCCUGGCGAGGAGUCUUCGAAGCUCGGCGUCUGCUGCUCUCGCUUCUGCUCCUCGCAGCCUGGGAGACGGGGAGCGGCCAGGUCCAUUAUUCGGUCUCUGAGGAAGCCAAACACGGCACCUUCGUGGGCCGCAUCGCCCAGGACCUGGGGCUGGAGCUGACGGAGAUGGUGCCGCGCCUGUUCCGGGUGGCGUCCAAAGGCCGCGGGGACCUUCUGGAGGUAAAUCUGCAGAAUGGCAUUUUGUUUGUGAAUUCUCGGAUCGACCGGGAGGAGCUGUGCGGGCGGAGCGCGGAGUGCAGCAUCCACCUGGAGGUGAUCGUGGACCGGCCGCUGCAGGUGUUCCACGUGGAGGUGGAGGUGAAGGACAUUAAUGAUAACCCGCCGGUGUUCAGAGGAGAACAAAAGGUACUUAUUUCUGAAUCUGCUCCUCUGGACUCUCGUUUUCCUCUAGAGGGCGCUUCCGAUGCGGAUAUCGGCCUAAACUCUCUUGUGACCUAUAGGUUAAGUCUAAAUGAGUAUUUUACUCUUAAAGUAAUAACGAAAACCGAUAAAAGUAUAUUGCCUGAACUCAUUCUUCGGAAGUCACUGGAUAGAGAAGAAAUGCCAGAACUUAAUAUAUUGCUGACCGCUCUGGAUGGCGGCAAACCCGAGCUGACCGGCACAGUUCAGCUGCUGAUUACAAUCCUGGAUGUGAAUGAUAACGCCCCAGAAUUUGACCGCUUAAUUUAUAAAGUGAGAAUGUUAGAGAAUGCAGUUAAUGGAACAUUAGUGAUCAAAUUAAAUGCCACAGACCCUGAUGAUGGUACGAAUGCAGACAUAAUCUACUCAUUUAGAAGACCUGUAUCGCCUACAAUAUUAUAUGCGUUUUCCAUAAAUCCCAGCAGCGGAGAAAUUCGGACAAAAGGUAAAUUGGAUUUCGAAGAAAAGAAAUUGUAUGAAAUAUCCGUGGAAGCAAUUGACAAGGGGAAUAUUCCAAUGGCGGGUCAUUGUACCAUUUUGGUGGAAAUAGUAGAUAUCAAUGAUAACGCCCCAGAAGUUACCGUCACUUCUUUGGCUCUUCCGGUGCGAGAGGACGCUCAGGUGGGCACUGUCAUCGCCUUGAUCAGCGUGUCCGACCGCGACUCCGGCGCCAACGGGCAGGUGACCUGCUCCCUGAUGCCCCACAGCCCUUUCAAGCUGGUGUCCACCUUCAAGAAUUACUAUUCACUACUGCUUGACAGCGCCUUGGACCGCGAGAGCGUGGCGAACUAUGAGGUGGUAGUGACAGUGCGGGACGCGGGCUCGCCUUCCCUGUCGGCCACAGCCAGCGUGUCCGUGGAGGUGGCCGACGUGAACGACAACGCGCCCGCGUUCGCGCAGCCCGAGUACACGGUGUUGGUGAAGGAGAACAACCUUCCCGGCUGCCACAUCUUCACGGUGUCCGCUCGGGACGCGGACGCGCAGGAGAACGCGCUGGUGUCCUACUCGCUGGUGGAGCGGCGGGUGGGCGAGCGAGCGCUGUCGAGCUACGUGUCGGUGCACCCUCGAAGGUGUCGUGGUUCACGGUCACGGUUCCGCCUAUCAGCGCCUCCGCCCUGCGGUUCCUGUCGGAGUUCCGCCCUCUCCGCGGGCAAUGUAGGGAGUCAGUGGGUCCGAGCACCCGGGGCCCGACGCUCCGCUUUCAAUCAGUCGCGGAGAAACGCCAGCCGACCUCAGCCCCAGUACAACCUCAACCUUAAGGGAGAGGUUGUAGACAUUAAGACCGCGGCGGUCUCAGGGCGUUGUCCUAGGAAACGCCGUUUAAGGGAAGUCGUAUUAGUUGUUGGGAGCGUCUUCCUUGCCCCCCGCGCUCGCUGCCAGGGCGCGGGGCGAGAUCCCAGCUGGCUGGGAACGGAGACCGCGCUUCCCCAACGCCGGCGGUUUACCUCGUCUCUGCACCCCUAG